ACGUUUUAAUAUUAAGUUUUUUUCAUUUACAUCAGCGGUAUCAGAACCUCCACUUCCGGGAUUGCGUGUCACAGCUGUCAAAAUGUCUAAAGUUACUUUCAAGAUCAUUCUGACGUCGGAUCCCAAACUUCCAUACAAAGUGUUAAGUGUUCCUGAACAAACACCAUUCACAGCAGUGUUAAAGUUUGCUGCAGAGGAGUUUAAAGUACCACCAGCAACAAGUGCCAUUAUAACAAACGAUGGUAUAGGAAUAAACCCGGCUCAGAGUGCUGGAAAUGUAUUUUUAAAACAUGGAUCAGAGUUAAGAUUAAUACCUAGAGACAGAGUAGGACAUUGUAACCAUGGUAACAGAUGUUGAUAUUAGUCAUAGUUUAGAAAUUAUUUCAUCAAAUUCAUUCAUAAUUCUUGUGGAAGUUCAACAUGAGAAUUGGACAUUUACAGCUUUUCCAUUCUGAACUGUUUUCCAAGGAUAGAGACAACUAAAGGAAGAUAACUCUGUUUGCAAGUCAAUGAUGCAAUAUGUAUCUGUUAAUUAUCAAUGUAAAAAAUGAAUGUCUUAAGUUAUUGAAUUGACAUUUUGUAUGGCAUGUUUCUUCUGUAUCAUCUGUAUUGAUAACAUGUUUGUAUUUAUUAUAUAUGUCAGCACUUUUUUUUU